ACAAAGCCUGGCGCCGUUUUCAAACUGGGUUUCGUCUUUGAUCCAAAGAUGUUGAAUAUGUAUGGGACUAUUUAUAAUCCACCCACCCACCUCUUUACUUCUUCUGUGAAGGAGCUCUCACAAGGUUAUAAUGCUGUCUCUGGAACUGUAAAUUCGGGUCUGUCCAACAUAACAUCAAAUAACCCAGUUAGUCCGGCCCAUUGUCAGUCGUCUAUAGUCGGACCAAUCGGGUGCGGAUCUUCAGGCUCCACUGUUAAUAAUGGCAAUCAUUCUCUUCCACCCCUCUGUGGGAUGGCUUCUAAAACACCUGGGGCUCCGUACGGGAUUAGUAAUGGACCGACUGAAGUUGUUCAUAAUAACAUCAGUAAUGGAAGUGCAGCAAACGGUAGUGGAUCCUCUCCUCCUGUUGUAGGUGGUGUUGGAGACGCACCUCCUUUAAGCGUUGGGGGAGCUGGUAGUAGUGCAGGACCAGGAAGUAAUAGCAGUGGCUCUGGUGGUGCCGGUGGAUCUAUUGGAGGGAGUGGGAGUGGACACUCGUCUGCGUCUACUCAACAUCUUAUACAAUUUGAACCACCUGCUCGACCUGGAAGAGGUUCAGAGGGUCGCUGCAUCAGUUUAAGAGCUAAUCACUUUGAAAUAAGAAUGCCUAAAGGAUUUCUUCAUCAUUAUGAUGUCUCUAUCACACCUGAAAAGUGUCCAAGACGCGUAAACCGUGAAAUAAUCGAGACUAUGGUCAAUUCAAUGCACUAUCAAAAAUACUUUUACAACCAGAAACCAGUCUUUGAUGGUCGCAGAAACAUGUAUACUCGUGAGCCACUUCCAAUCAGUAAAGAGAAGGUUGAACUGGAAGUUACUCUACCUGGAGAAGGAAAAGACAGAGUUUUUCGUGUUGCCAUUAAACAUGUUUCAGAAGUCUCUCUUUUCGCAUUGGAGGAAGCUCUCGGUGGUCAUAACCGACAUAUUCCAAAUGAUGCUGUUAUAUCGUUGGAUGUUAUCAUGCGUCAUUUACCGAGCAUGAGCUACACGCCAGUUGGUCGAUCUUUUUUUCAAAAUCCUGAUGGAUAUGAAAAUCCCCUUGGUGGUGGUCGAGAAGUAUGGUUUGGUUUCCAUCAGAGUGUUCGACCUUCUCAAUGGCGUAUGAUGCUAAAUAUCGAUGUAUCUGCGACUGCAUUCUACAAAGCACAAUCUGUUAUUGAUUUUAUGUGCGAAGUAUUAGAUAUAUCGGAUAAGAAUGAACAACGUCGACCAUUAACUGAUAGUCAGCGAGUGAAAUUUACGAAAGAAAUUAAAGGUUUAAAAGUUGAGAUCACUCAUUGUGGUACAAUGCGACGUAAAUAUCGUGUGUGUAAUGUGACACGACGACCUUCUCAAACUCAAUCAUUCCCUUUACAAUUGGACACUGGUGCUACAGUUGAAUGUACUGUUGCUAAAUACUUUCAAGAACGUUAUAAUAUACGCCUAGACUACCCUCAUUUGCCAUGUCUUCAAGUUGGUCAGGAACAAAAGCACACGUAUUUACCAUUAGAGGUUUGUAACAUGGUAGCAGGUCAGAGAUGUAUUAAAAAGCUAACUGAUAUGCAGACAUCUACUAUGAUUAAGGCUACAGCUCGUUCAGCCCCCGAUCGCGAAAAAGAAAUCAAUAAUCUUGUGAAGCGAGCUAAUUUCAAUGCUGAUCCGCAUUUACAAAUGUUCGGCAUUAAUGUUAACACACGUAUGGCUGAAAUCCAAGGUCGAGUCAUUCCUGCGCCAAAGAUUCAGUAUGGUGGACGUACUAAAGCCCAAGCUUCUCCACAGCUUGGUGUAUGGGAUAUGCGAGGUAAACAAUUCUUUUCAGGCAUUGAAAUAAAAGUUUGGGCAAUCGCUUGUUUUGCACCACAGCGUAUCGUUCGUGAAGAAUCACUCAGACUGUUUACUCUACAACUUCAGAAAAUUUCCAAUGAUGCUGGCAUGCCUAUUUUAGGACAACCUUGUUUUUGUAAAUAUGCUACUGGUCAAGAUCAAGUUGAACCAAUGUUUCGAUAUUUGAAAAAUACUCAUGCUGGUUUACAGUUGAUUGUAGUUGUUCUUCCUGGGAAAACCCCUGUUUACGCUGAGGUCAAGCGCGUUGGCGAUAUAAUGUUUGGUCUUGCAACACAAUGUGUUCAGUCAAAAAAUGUAAAUAAAACAUCACCUCAAACACUCUCUAAUCUUUGUCUUAAAAUCAAUGUUAAAUUAGGCGGUAUCAAUUCUAUUAUCGUUCCAAGCGUCCGACCUGCUGUUUUCCGUGAACCAGUUAUCUUUCUUGGUGCAGAUGUUACACACCCUCCAGCUGGUGAUAAAACUAAACCAAGUAUUGCUGCCGUUGUUGCUAGCAUGGAUGCACAUCCAAGUCGUUAUUCAGCUACUGUACGUGUUCAAUCGCAUCGUCAAGAAAUUAUACAUGAUUUAUAUCCAAUGGUUAGAGAUUUGUUACUGCAGUUCUAUCGAGCUACUCGUUUCAAACCAACUCGUAUUAUUUACUAUCGAGACGGUGUUGGUGAAGGUCAAUUUUUAAAUGUUUUAAAUCAUGAACUCCGUGCUAUCCGUGAAGCAUGUGUCAAAUUAGAAUUAGGCUAUCAACCUGGUAUUACUUUCAUUGUUGUGCAAAAGCGGCAUCAUACACGUCUAUUUUGUGCUGACAAAAAAGAUCAGAUGGGUAAAUCUGGGAAUAUACCUGCUGGAACAACAGUUGAUCAAGUUAUUACACACCCAACGGAAUUCGAUUUCUAUUUGUGUAGUCAUGCAGGCAUUCAAGGCACUUCACGACCUAGUCAUUAUCAUGUAUUAUGGGACGAUAAUAGAUUUAGUGCUGAUGAUAUACAAAAUUUAACUUAUCAAUUAUGUCAUACAUAUGUACGUUGUACUCGUUCUGUGUCAAUUCCUGCUCCAGCCUAUUAUGCACAUUUAGUUGCAUUUCGAGCACGAUAUCAUUUAGUUGAAAAAGAAAUAGAUAGUGGUGAAGGAAGUCAAAAAUCAGGCAAUUCAGAUGAACGUACACCUACGGCUAUGAUGAGGGCUGUUACAGUUCAUCCGGAAACCUUAAGAGUCAUGUACUUUGCCUAAUGUUUACACAUGUCAAACCAACUGUGAACAUCCCCCCCAAAGAAAUCUAGCUCUCAUUCACAUUGUCUUUGCUAAAACAAACAAGAUAGCCAAGGCAAACACAACUGACCUACAAUAACCACCUCUCAGUUGGCAGCUGUAAAAUGCAUUGUCAUUUGUGUGUAUCUUUCAGGUUGCUUUUUUUCUUUCAAACUGCAUUUCUGAAUACGAUGUGUUUUUAUUUACUUUCCUCCUUAUGUGCCAACCACUACUACUUUCUUUUUGUCGAGGGGAGGACCAUUAGAGUCUUCUUUCAUUGUAAUGGUUUACUAAAUAAUCGUAGCAAUAAUAAUGAUAAUAAUAAUAACAAUUAUUAUUAUUAUUAUUAUUAUUAUUAUUAUUAUUAUUAUUAU